CGGAACCACAGCCAUUUCUCCACUAUGGUGACUGCCGGACGUUUUGCAUAUAUUUCCCACUCUAAACCUGGAGCUAUUUACCUCGCCUAAAUGCUUUGGCGUGAAGGUGUACGAGCCUAGUUUAGACGAUUGCCACCGCUAGUUUCUUUCUAGUUCACUUUUGAGGGAGUUCUCUAGUAAGAGAUUGUAUUAUUAGGUACGCUUUAUUUCUUUUUUUUUUCUUUUUGGAAAUGACGGCACAGGUAGACUACCUGGCGGUGUUGUUCGCGAACACAUCUGGCGCCAGCGGAGAUCUGCUGGGAUCGGACGAAAAGGAGCUCGGUCAACUAGUGUGGCAGCUGGUGGACUUAAAGAACAAAACGUUGGGCAGGGUGAAUGAGCUCCUGAUCAAGCAGGAGCUCUGCGACCUGACAGAAAAACAAGAGGAGGCGGAGGAAGAUAAUGGAUCCCUCACUGAUUCUGUCUCAACUGCCGCAAACCUGGAGAGUGCAUUAAAUCAGUUUCACCUAACACUAACCAAUGAGGUGAACAGCAUAGGGGCAGGCACCUCGGUGUGUUUGUGUACUGACGGACAGCUCCACAUUCGGCAAGUCAUUCACCCCCAGGCAGCAGGCAAGAACCUCCUGGUGCCAGAGUGUUUCUUCUCAUUCUUUGACCUGCGGAAGGAGUUCAGAAAGCACUUCCCUGCGUCUGACCUCAAGGCCGUAGAUGUGCACUUCAUGGCUGAAUCUCUAAACUUACCUGUGGAUGAACUGACGGUGUUGGACUCGUCGGAGGUGCUACCCCGAGAAGCGGCUGUGCAGAACGUGAAGGCCAUGGCCAGCAUCGCCCUGGCCCUGCUCCCUGAACCCCUCUCACACACAUUUCUGUACCCAGAGAGAGUCAACGAGAAAUUUGAAACGGGCACAUGCAGUAAGAUGGAGAAGGUGUGCGAUAACUCUGUGAUCAGAGCCAGAGGCCUGCCCUGGCAGUCCUCAGACCAGGACAUCGCUCGCUUCUUCAGAGGACUCAACAUUGCCAAAGGUGGUGCGGCGUUGUGCCUUAACGCUCAGGGAAGGAGGAACGGAGAAGCUCUGGUGCGCUUCAUCAAUGAAGAGCACAGAGAUCUGGCUCUGCAGAGACACAAGCACCACAUGGGGAACCGCUACAUUGAGGUUUACAAGGCAACAGGAGAGGACUUCCUGAAGAUAGCAGGAGGUACCUCCAACGAGGUGGCCCUGUUCCUGUCCCGAGAGGACCAGGUCAUCGUUAGGAUGCGGGGGCUCCCCUUCACCGCCACGCAGGAGCAGGUGCUGGCCUUCUUCGGCCAGGGGGAGGGGCCCACCGAGGUGUGUGACGUCAGCGGGGGCGGCGACGGCAUUCUGUUUGUGCGCUACCCAGACGGGCGCCCCACCGGGGACGCCUUCGUCCUGUUCUCCUGCGAGGAGCACGCUCAGAGCGCCCUGAAGAAGCACAAGGAGAUCCUGGGGAAGAGAUACAUCGAGCUGUUCAAGAGCACGGCCGCGGAGGUGCAGCAGGUGUUGAACCGGUACUCCUCAGCCCCCCUCAUCUCUGUGGCCCCUGCUCCCCUGGUGUCCAUGCUGCCCACCGUUUCUCUCCUGCCCUCUCCUGGCGGUGUGCGAGACUGCCUGAGACUACGAGGGCUGCCCUACACCGCCACCAUUGAGGACAUCCUCACCUUCCUGGGCGAGUUCACCAGAGACAUCAGGCCCCACGGAGUGCACAUGGUGCUGAACCAACAGGGCCGCCCGUCAGGGGACUGCUUCAUCCAGAUCUCCUCCCCAGAGAGGGCCUUCAUGGCCUCCCAGCGGCUGCACAAGCAGAUGAUGUCGGGGCCCCGGGGGGUCAACUGCCGCUACGUGGAGGUGUUCCCCUGCAGCGCCGAGGAGAUGGGCCUGGUGCUGAUGGGGGGCACACUGUCGCACACACCCACACACACACACAGCCGGAGCAGGAGUGGGACAGGGCUCAGCCCGCCGCCAUGUAAGUCCAGACGUCUGUCUCCUCCCACCUACUCCUUCGCCGGCGCCCCCCCGGUCAUGUCUGCGGAGGCCGCCGCUGCCCUCUACCCUCCCAUUGGCCAGAUGAUGCUCGCCCCCCGCACAAUGGCCCCCGGGCACCCUUACUACCCUGCGUCCACUCAGGUGUACAUGAACUACGCAGCAUACUAUCCCAGUCCUCCUGGUUCUCCCAACACUCUGGGCUACUAUCCCUCCCCCUCACACCUCCCCACCCCCCCUCACCUGCCCUCCCCCGGGGGCCUGGUGCGCAUGCCUGGCCUGACCUUUAACGGCGUCAAAGAUCUCAUCAGUGCCGUGCAAGGAUACCAGUACGCCUCAGACGAUGGACUCGCGAUGCACGCUCACGGCCUCAUGCACACCCAUGACCCCGCCAGGACUUUGCUUACGCAGUCCAAAGAAUGGGUGUGUAUUUAACGUGUCAGAGACACUGAGACAGGUUGCAGAGUCUCCUGGAGGCGGUACCCCACCUGAGCAGCAGUCUGAUUGGUCAGUCCGGCGUAGGGGACCUCUCUCUCAUGCCCCUUCCGCCUCUGAUGACCAACGCGGGGGGGCAGUACUUGGACCUGGCCCUGCUGUAGGGUCACACACACACACUUCCACGGGCGCAUACACACUUAUCGGAAUAUCAUGCUGUACGUGGAAGACCUGUGCAUCGCUAGCUUUUAUAAUAGAGCCUUUUUUGUUUUGUUUUUUUAUUUAUGUUUAAAAAUAGAAAUUAAUGUAUUUUAUACCAAAUCACCAUGAACUCAAAAUAUCGUCUUUCUUUGUUUCACAUUGCACAACAUGUAUUUUUAGAAGCCUUAUCGAGAUAUAACUUGUUGAAUAAAAUAUAAUCACUAAGAUAUAUUUAAAGGUGUAGUGUGUAGAGUUUCGUAGCGUCUAGCGGAAUGGACUUGGCAGAAAUGGAAUAUGUAUGCGAGUACGUUUAAACUUGUGUAAUCACAUGGAAAUGAACAUCCUUCUUUUUUGUUACCUCAAAAAGGCACAUUUAUAUCAAAGGGAGUAAUUGUUUAUCAUCAUCACUCUCUUACCUGUAGGUUGCGACCUAUGCAUGCAGACAUUUUUACAGACUAAAUAACAAAAUACAAAUUAUAAAUCGAUCAAGGAAGCUCAUAACUUGCCGCUUAGUUACUCGAUGCUGUCGUAGACGGUAUCAUUUUGGAGGUUCCUUCUUACAGGCCAUUACAGGCCACUGUAACUUCUCCUAGGUCGUUUGAAAGGGAGUGGAGGGGCCAGUAUUCAGUUAGUUCUUAUCUGCAAACUCAGCGCUAGAAGCCACAAAAUCCUACACACUCCGCCGUGAAUAUCUUGUUCUCAAUAUAAGUAUAGAAAAGUUACAUAGUAGCAAAUUAAGAUUUUCCUCCUGUGCUUUUUUGUGAACCAAAGUGUGCAUGAGUGUGAGAGAAAAGUAUUAUGUGUGGCUGCUUUAAUGGAUUUUAAUAACCUGUUUGUAUCAUGCCUUUUUCAUUUUUUUUUAUAUACAUUUGAUAUAAUACCUUAAAGAUUGUAUCGGAAACGUUAGUGCAUGAAGAAGUUAGUAGUACUACUAUGAGAUUGUUUACAUAUGGCCAACUACAAAUGCACUGCUUAUACUUAUCAUGAACACACAAACAAUAUCUUCCCACUCCAACACCAUCUCCUAGUUUUUUAUGUGUGUAUUCAAACGGGGAGUUACUUCCCCAUUGCAUGAUGUCUCUUGCCUUUGUGUUUUUGGAACACACCUCAACCCAUGCCUAUCCCAGUUGCUGGAAAUCCAGCAAUGGGCUUGAACGCUUCCUUUCGGCUUGUUUCUCCACAUCUCUGGUUACUGGAUGAACCUCCACGGGUGUGUCUAGUAAACGCUAUCACACACCUUCACUCUGCUCCUAGAAGACGCCAAAGAUGCAGUUCGUUCCUUAAAGCCUUCCCCUUGCCGCAUUUUUCAUUUUUUCAACAAGAAAACGGUACAGGUUCUGCCAGUCAAACCACCUCCCUACAAACCACGGGCCAAUUAGGAGGUGGCUCACAAGAGAGCUGAUAAGUAGAGGAACUAAACAACGCUGUUGACAUUCCUGUUGUGAAUUUGAGUCUGCGUUUGGCCCCCAGGGGAAGGCCCCUGUAUGUAUGGGGCCACUAUUGCUGUUCUCCUGCCCUGGGAGAACCAUGAUGUCAUUGUGAAGCGUUGUGUCCAUGCCCUACUCAUCAGCAUCCAGCUCAGGAUUACAGCCGGCGACAGUGCUUAAAUGAAAAAUAAACGUUACAUGUGAAGUUAA